AUGCGGCUCAGCUUGUUUUUCAUCGCGUCGUCGCUCCUUGGCGACGUCGCGGUCAACGCUCUCAUUGCACCACCUGCACCGGAAACCGCGACACUUCGAUCGGCGCUGCAGGAUACAAAGAGCGACGAGUCAUCACACGAGGAGCUGUGGAAGCGGAAAGGCGGCGGUGGAGGAGGCGGUCGCGGAGGUGGUGGAAGCAGCGGCGGUAGUAGCGGCGGAGGUCGCUCCGGCGGCGGCUCUUCAGGGUCUAGCGGCCGUGGCUCUUCCAGCUCGAAUGCCGGGGGUAGGACUACGACGGGCAGUGGUGCGAGAGCGGGCUACGGCGGUGGGAGAUACUAUGGCGGCGGCGCGGCCGUGCCGUACAAGUCCGGAUCCCGGUCCCCGUCGGGCCUAGUUCCAGUCUUCUUCGCCGUGAGUUUCCUCGCCUUCUGGCCCGGCGUGUGGCUGUACGGCGCGCACAUGUACCACUUCAACCACCCGUACGGCUAUUACAACCAGUCCGCCCAGCGGAACGAGUCUAAGCCCGUGACGUGCGCCUGCGAUCCGUACCAGGUCUGCGGCUGCGACGAGAACAGCGAUCAGCAAUACCUGGCGGACCUAAUCGGCAACGGCAGCUAUGCCGCUCUCAACAAGACGCUCAUCACCGUCGCCGAUGUGAAUGGCACCAGCACGAUCUUGAUCAACGGCACGCUGCCCAACGGUACCACGGCCGCGGGUGGCGACGAGGAUCCCAACGGUGCCGAGGGUUCCGACGGUGCCGCCGGCGGGUUGCGCACCAUGCUGCAGCACGCCGGGUGGUGGCCCGUCGUUGCGGCCGUCUGCGCCAUUGUCCUUACCGCCUAA